GAGACCUUGUUUCUUAAGACGAAGUUGAGAUUGAGAUUUGAGAUUUGAGAUUGAGAGCUCUCUCGAGGGUUUCUAGGGUUUGGGAUCGUGUGAGGUUUGCUCUAAUGGCGGAGAUCUGUUGUGAGGUGGCGAGUGGAGGGGAGGCGACGACGGUGGAUGCUUGUGAACCGAGUUCUCGGGCGGCGAGGCGGCGGAGGAUGCAGAUCCGGCGGAUUAGGCUUGUUUCCGGAUCGGAAACGAUGGAGGGGUUGACGGAGCCGAUGAGGAAGCGGCAGCGAGUGGAGAUUCCUGGGGAUUGUACAGGGAUGGAUGGUGGUGGAGGGGAUGGUGUGGGGAUUGAGGUUGAACGGGAGAGGCCGGCGGGGGAAUCGUUGUUGAGGUUUGGGAUGACGGCGGUGUGUGGGAGGAGGAGGGAGAUGGAGGAUACUGUCUCUGUUCAUCCUGAUUUGGGUCAUGGAAGGAUGGGGUUCCGUGGGCGGUAUGAGUUCUAUGGGGUUUUUGACGGGCAUGGAUGCUCGCACGUCGCCGUCUCGUGCCGAGAUCGGAUGCACGAGUUGGUGGCGGAGGAGCUGGAGAAGAAUAGAUCGGCGCCGCCGGAGUGGGAGGGCGUGAUGGGGCGAAGCUUCGCGAGAAUGGACGCUGAGGUCUCAGGAGGACACGGGACCCCGACGAAGACCAGCACCUGCCGGUGCGAGCUACGGACACCAAACUGCGACCACGUUGGGUCUACCGCCGUCGUGGCAGUGGUCACGCCGGAGCAGCUUGUCGUCGCCAACUGCGGUGAUUCUCGCGCCGUGCUUUGUCGUGGUGGUGUAGCUAUUCCGCUCUCCUCUGAUCACAAGCCGGAUAGGCCGGAUGAGAUGGAGAGGAUUGAGGCGGCUGGUGGCCGAGUGAUUUACUGGGAUGGUGCAAGAGUGCUGGGCGUGCUGGCCAUGUCCAGAGCCAUAGGGGAUGGAUACUUAAAGCCAUACGUGAUAUCAGAGCCGGAGGUGAAGGUGAUGGAGAGGAAGGAGGAGGAUGAGUGCUUGAUAUUGGCAAGUGAUGGGUUGUGGGAUGUGGUCACAAAUGAGAUGGCCUGUGAGAUAGCAAGGAUGUGCUUGCGAGGUGGUUCUGAUAAGGCUUGUACUGAUGCGGCUAUUUUGCUGACUAAGUUAGCACUUGCUCGGCAAAGUGCGGAUAAUGUUAGUGUUGUUGUUGUUGAUCUCAGGAGGGAUGAUAACAGUGCUAGUGCUAAUAGUGGUACUAGUAAUAGUACUGCUACUGCUACUGAUGCUGCUGCUGCUGGGAGUGAUUAGGAGGAGGAUUUGAUCCAAUUUUUAAUUUAGAGCUCUUUAAUUUAUAGAUUUUGCUUCAAUAAUCACAGAAGCAUAAGGGGAGAGAGAGAGAGAGAGAGAGAGAGCUUAUAAUGUGCUU